UAUGAGCCACUCAUAAAAAUUAUGCCAUCUGCAAACCGAAUUAAGCCGACACAUAACAAUCAAUUUAAUCCAAUUUCUUCACAUCCUCUUGAUCUCUAAUCGUUAUCGCUGUCGUCAUUGCGAUUCUAAUAGCAAAUAACAAUUUCAGCCAGUGUCGUUCUGUUCAAUGAAACUACUUAACAUUAUUUUGUGUGCGAGUUGUGGCUCAUCUAUCCCCUUCUUGUCUCGUCAUUAUAUGGCUUGAAAAUUCGUGAUGAUUCGAGAACGGAAUUCACUUGUGUGAUUUAUGUUCGGAUCUAGUUAAAACCAGCACGUUACUCCUCAACCGUUUUUCAUGUUGAGGACUCAUCGCUGAGAUCACUCCUUAAAUACUCGAACCUUGAUAAAAACUAACUCAUUGAACGGUGAUCGCUUAUCAUGCGCACACGAAUUGCUUGAUAAGUAAUUUUUGUAAUCUUGACAUCGCUAUUUCUUACACAAAGUGGACUUGUUUUAAAAACAACACAUUUUCUUUUGGCGCAAUAAUUUUUUUCGUGUGUGUGUGCUUAUUUUGAACAGUGUUUUCCGUACACAAUACGUUGUUUCCUAGAAAAUCAACCGAAAUUGAAUGGAUAUGCAUUUUCCGACAAUUAAGUGAAACACAAGCCAAAGAAACGAUAUCAAUUAGCACAUCGAAUAGAACAAUUCAGAAGAAUGUUUGAAGUAAAUAGCUAUAAAUUAAAAAUGUUUGGCAUUUUAUUGUGCCUAGUGGUGAUCGCAUUGUGCGGUGUCGUGACUACACAAGAAGCAUUGGCAUACCAGUAUACGCCGCCGCGUCAGUAUGCAUUCACACAAGAUCGUCGCCGUUUACCCUCCUAUAAUGGCUUCAAUGCAGCACCGUUGCCGGGUAAUGGGGAUUUAAUAAGAUUCCCCGACGAUAGCAUAUCACCGGUGAGCCUAAUACAUAGCGUCAACAAUCAGAACACUUUCAACGAACGCCAUAAAAAAGAUAAUAGAAAUGGCGAUGACCAUCAACAAUCAAAUGAGGUCUCAUUUGUACCGAUGAAUGUUACCAAUGAUUUGAAUACUUACGAGGAUUUUUUCAAUUUCUUGGAUGAAGAAUCGCGUGGGCAAGUCCAAAUGAUAUCACCUCGUUUUGGUGGUGAAGAAGUGGAGCGUUCGAGAGGUUCUCGGCCAGUCCCAGCCAAUUGUAUACCAGAGAUGACAGUAGUUCCACUCAAAUUGUCCGAUGGAUCCGAUAUCAAAGACCCAACCAUUGUUGUGUUCCCAUCCUGCACUCGCGUCAAACGCUGUGGUGGAUGCUGUAACAAUAAUCUCGUGUCCUGUCAACCAGUCGAAACGAAUAAUAUUGUUUAUGAGGUCUUCAAAUCGCAAUACCACGGCGGUGGAAAAAUGAAGUUCUUGAACAAGGAAUUAAUAGAAGUUGAAGAGCACACGAAAUGCAAAUGUGACUGCAGGAAAAAGGAAAGCGAUUGCACGAAGUUUCAACGAUACAACAAGGCACAAUGUUUGUGCGUAUGCAUUAAUAUUGAAGAUAAAAACAAAUGUCUGGCAGAGAUAAGUGAGAAAAUGUGGGAUCCAGACAGUUGCACAUGUCGUUGUCGUGAAGUAAAAGAUUGCUCCACAGGAACGUACUUCGAUUCAAACACAUGCUCAUGCCAAGAGACGCCCGGCCAUCGACACACGCAACAAGUAUCUGAUCGAAGACGGCUCAUCACAAAACCCAAGAUUUAUGUUCCAGAAACACCUCAAACAUUCGAUGACAUUGGCACUUAAGACAAAAUUUUCAGGCAAACACAUCACACAUUCGCCAGAAGCAUCAUCUCAAAUUUUCACAAACCAAUCGAUUUUACUUUAUGAAUUUUAAUUGUUAAGAAAUAAAAACUACAUUACACCACAAUAA